GGAAGCAUGGAUGCAAACAUGAAGAGGGAAGAGAGGAGGGCGCCGGUUGUCUUGACUUACCAGAUUUGCCUGGGCAGCAUGCUUCCCUUGGGCAUCUCUCCUGAGGGCCACACGGGGUAGACUCUGGGGGUCCUAGGUCUUCUGUGGGGACUAUUAAUGUACAUCCUUACUAUUAUGUGCCAGAGGAAUUAAUGUGUAUGUUAUAUAUAAAGAUGGGCAUGUAUGCAUGGCGUUCUUCUUUUAUUAAAAAACCAAUUAGAAGUAAUCUACUUUGGCAAUGAAGGCCUGCAGAAUGCUACACAAGCCAUGUUAUUCUGUUUCAGAAAAGCUGUGGGCUAGACAGGCUUCCUUCCAGCUGAUGGAACAUAAAGGCAAAAAUGUGCAAUUUGAAUUAGGUGCUUGGCUGAAGUAAACAGAGAAUGGAAAUACUUCCUUGGCAAUGUCUCUGGGAAGACUCCUCCGACGUGCUUCUUCGAAAGCUUCUGACCUCCUGACCUUAAAUGCUAGCAGCAGUGGAGGCUCACCUUCUAUCUUGGAUGGGGAGAUCAUCUACUCCAAGAACAAUGUUUGUGUUCAUCCACCUGAGAUGCUGCAAGGCAUCGCAGAACAUCACCCAGGCUAUUUGUGUCUCUACAUGGAGAAAGAUGAGCUCCUUGGCACCACCCUUAUUCUGGCUUGGGUCCCAAACUCUCGUAUCCAGAGACAGGAUGAGGAGGCCCUCCGCUACAUCACACCAGAGAGUUCUCCAGUCCGCAAGGCCCCCCACAAACGUAACCGCCACACUCAGGGUUUUUGCACCCCUAUGCAGGCUUCUCCUUCCACACACAAACGGGCAGUGGCCCUAAAAGACACUGAGAAUAUUUUGACUGUAUCACAGCUGGUUAGGGAGGUGGCUCAUAUCAGCUCACCUUCUGAAGAAGGGGAAAAGCUGUCCCAGGUUUGUUUGGCAACGGACAGCAUCCAUAGCUCUGUGGAGCCAGCCCACAGUGACUCAGGAAUCUUAUCGACAAUCAGUUCUCAGGAUGAACAGAACCAGUUGGAAGAGUCAGUAGAAGAAGUCCUGGAGGGCCACCUGGAGAUUGGAGAGGAUGAGGGCUCUUUGGAGUUGUCAGCUGAUGAUGUUAGCAGGGACAGCACAUUUGAUUCAGAUUCUGAUGCCUUCUCUUCACCCUUCUGUCUUUCGCCCAUAAGCGAAGCACUUGUGGAAAAUGUUGGCUCCGUGUUUCUGGUUAAUGAAGACAGAGGUUCCUGUGAAAGCCACAUGACUUGUUCAACCAGCUCCAAUUCAAGCCUUGAUCCCAAUUCUCAGUUCCAGGAGAAUAAUGGGCAGGUGCAGACCUCUAGGUGGGAUGAGCAACAGAAGGUGUUUGCCUUAGAACAGAUCUGUGGGGUCUUCAGGGUUGACCUGGGUCAAAUGAGAUCUCUUCGACUCUUUUUCAGUGACGAGGCAUGUACCAGUGGGCAGCUAGUUGUUGCUAGCAGGGAGAGUCAAUAUAAGAUUUUCCACUUUCACCAUGGUGGCCUGGAUAAACUUUCUGAAGUUUUUCAACAAUGGAAAUACUGCACAGAGACUCAUCUCAAAGACCAGCAGCUCACUGAUGUGAAGACCUGCAUCCAGUUCUCAAUCCGUCGGCCCAAGCUGCCCUCCUCGGAGACUCAUCCAGAGGAGAAUGCUCACAAGCGCCUCGAUGUUUCUGCAUGGCUCCAUCACCUCAAUGAGGCUGGACAGGUAGAGGAAGAAUACAAGCUGAGAAAGGCUAUUUUCUUUGGUGGGAUCGAUGUCUCUAUCCGUGGGGAGGUCUGGCCCUUUUUGUUGCACUACUACAGCUAUGAGUCCACUUCAGAGGAGAGGGAGUUGCUCCGAGUACAGAAGAGAGAGGAAUACUUUGCCAUCCAGCAGAAAAGACUCUCCAUGGCUCCGGAGGAGCAGAAGGUAUUCUGGAGGAACGUGCAGUUCACUGUCGACAAAGACGUAGUGAGGACCGACCGCAGUAAUCAGUUCUUCCGAGGAGAGAACAACCCCAAUGUGGAAACAAUGAGGCGAAUAUUGCUGAACUAUGCAGUGUACAACCCCACCAUUGGCUACUCCCAGGGUAUGUCUGACCUCGUGGCACCCAUCCUUGCUGAGGUUCUGGAUGAGUCGGAUACCUUCUGGUGUUUUGUGGGUUUGAUGCAGAACACGAUCUUUAUCAGCUCCCCCCGGGAUGAGGAUAUGGAGAAGCAACUGAUGUAUCUAAGGGAGCUGCUGCGGCUGAUGCAUGUGCGCUUCUACCACCACCUGGCCUCCCUUGGGGAGGAUGGUCUUCAGAUGCUCUUCUGUCACCGCUGGAUCCUUCUCUGCUUUAAGAGAGAGUUCCCAGAUGCUGAGGCACUAAGGAUAUGGGAAGCCUGCUGGGCUCACUACCAGACAGACUAUUUCCAUCUCUUCAUUUGUGUGGCAAUUGUGGUGAUCUAUGGCGAUGAUGUCAUUGAACAGCAGCUGGCUACUGACCAGAUGUUGCUACACUUUGGGAACCUGGCCAUGCACAUGAAUGGGGAGCUCAUACUCAGGAAGGCUAGAAGUUUGCUCUACCAGUUCCGCCUGCUGCCUCGGAUCCCUUGCAGUCUGCAUGAUCUGUGUAAACUUUGUGGCACCGGCAUGUGGGACAGUGGCUACAUCCCUGCAGUGGAGUGCACUGGCUGUCACCCAGACUCUGAUAGCUGCCCUUAUGGGGGCAUGGUGCAGGAACCUUCCCCCAAGUCAGGGAAUGAAUGCAGGAGGGGACUGAAAACACGAGAGGUUUUUGCUUUCCGGAAAUGACAACUCAUCAUCAGGGGCAUGAGAUGGCUGAAAAAGAAAUAGUUAUCGGUGGCAUGGCCCAGUUGAAGAGAAGAUGGAGAUGCUGCUCUUUAGUUUUCAGAAGCAAUGAAUGAAUGAGAGGAGAAAAGAGAUGAUGCACAUUAGAAGAGUGUCCCCCCCCCCCCGCACCUGUCAGAGUUGGAUCUUGGCUUGAGGAACAGCAUGCCUGGGAAGGAGGUGAUCUGGCAUAGUUCACAACUUUUGAAGGGAGUGCACAAGGCUAUGCCCAGUGACUUCACACACAGACAUUCCUUGCUGCCCUGCUCAGAGGGGAAUACAGAAUACUUAAAAACAUGUCUCCACAACCAGCAACAUUGACGGCGGGCUGGAUUAAUAUUGCCCCAAACCUCUGUUCAUGCACAUACACAUACACACACACGUUGCUUUAACCAAAACAACAGCUACUGUCUUCUGUACAGAGCCAUGAUGAUCAUCUGGAAUAUAGUCUGCCAAAAAAUGAAAAAAAGUAUAAGAAUAAUAAAAUUGCAAAUUUUUGAAUCCCAAAGGGAAUUAUUUCAGUGUGCGCGUGUCUGCCCAGUGCAUGAUCACUAGAAUACCAUUAUUUUUUAUCUUGUUUCUAUAUACACAAAGUUUGUUUUGUACAGGUUAAAAAUCAGACUUUGGAAAUCAGGAGAAUAAAAAUCUGCUAUGUUCACUGUGAGUAUAAUAAAUUAUGCAAAAUUACCCAUCUUGCUGUUGGGCUGGAGGUGUCUUUGAUAUACCAGCCCAAUUUGAGUGUACAGGUAGAGGUCUCUCCUCAAUACCACCACCUGUGGCAACACUCUGAGGUGCUUCUUCUGCUCAAAGCAGGUACUCAUAUUACAGUUUUGGGCAGAAGUUUGAGUCUGGGCCUUGUUGAAGUUUCGAAGACUGAGCCUUCAUAUUCUACUACCUAUUCCUCUGUCCACCUCUUCUCUUUUUAUCUAUGCCCUUCCUCUUCUCCACUGUUAACUGCUGUUGACCUCUGUCUUAUUUCCUUGAAAAUUUGCCAAGAAUUGGUGCUGUGAGAACCAGGAAUACACAAAACAUGAGCUGAGUUUUGGGAUCAUACUUUGAAUCCAUAUGUACAGUAAUGAGGUGGGAAUGAAUUCAGCAUUUAAUUGGUUCUAAGUGCCAUGAGAAAGAGGGACAGCAUGGCUCCUUCUUUCACCACAUCAGCCUUGGCUGUUGUCAUCAGCACUUGAAGGAAACAUCUGGCUUUUUAGCUGCAGUGGAAGGAGGCCUGCUUGGUUUCUAGCCUAUCUGUUACUUAACUUUUAAACCAACUGAUUUUUUUUCAAGCAACUGUAAGAAAGAUGUACCCACCCACCACCUGCUACCAAUUCUCAGGUUAGGUCAUUUUGAGAUGUAGUGCUUCAACCAACUUUGCUUGCAAGGGCAUCUUUUUACAUCUGCUCUUAUGUGACAUUUUCAGAGGGGCAAAAGAACACCUGCAAUAAAAACAGCAUCUGUGUU